AUGGUGAACCAAGCUCCGGCGAACCAGAGCUCCACUUCGUCAUCAACUGAAGGUAAUCUUUGUCAUGGCUGGGCAACAUUGUUGCGUUUUUAUAUGGAUAUGGAACCUGACAAUGAUUGUGGUUGGAAGCCAAAAGUAGGAAUGACCUUUGAUUCGGAAGAAAGUGCGUACGAUUUUUAUAAUGCAUAUGGAGGAAGAAUGGGAUUUAGCAUAAGAAGGGAAUAUUGUAAGAAGAACAAGUUAACAAAACAAAUUAUUUCUAGAAAUUUGGUUUGCAACAAAGAGGGAUUUCGGAAGGUUGACAAGCGAGACCCAUUGACAAAAACCCCUAGAGCUGAAACUAGGACUGGUUGUGAGGCCCGACUUUUUGUUAAAUUGGAUGUCAAUAGUGGGAAAUUUGUUGUGAUUGAUUUCAAAGAAAAACACAACCAUGAACUUGUAUCUCUUGAUUGUGCCCAUAUGUUGCCAUCGCAAAGAAAGAUAUCAGAUACCCAAGCAAUUGAGUUAGACUUAGCCUCAGAGUCUGGUCUUCGUUUAGGGUAG